AUGGAGGCUCGCUUUGGUAACAUCGUCUUCAGCUCCAAGUUCGAUUCGGGGAACCUGGCACGAGUGGAAAAGGUAGAGAAGGUCGGCUCGAGCCCUCCCUCGGACACGGCCUCCGGUGGGGGCUCCACCUCGGGGUCGCAGCUGACCCCUGACUAUGAGUUCAACGUGUGGACGCAGCCCGACUGCGCCGGGACCGAGUACGAGAACGGAAACAGGUCAUGGUUUUACUUCAGCGUGAGGGGCGCAGCGCCUGGCAAGUUAAUGAAGGUGAAUGUGAUGAACAUGAACAAUCAGAGGAAGCUCUACAGCCAGGGCAUGGCUCCCCUGGUACGCACCACACCUGGCAAAAACCGAUGGGAGAGAAUUCGAGACAGACCCACGUGUGAGAUUGUGGAUAACCAGUUCAUCCUUUCAUUCACUCACCGGCUGUUGGAAGUGCGUGGGGCUACCACUUACUUCUCCUUCUGUUAUCCGUUCUCUUACACCGAGUGUCAGGAGCUGCUUCAGCAGUUGGACCAGAGUCACCCCAAUGCUGCUCAGCUCAGUCCGAGCAGCCCACCAGGCACUGUGUAUUACCAUAAGGAGCUGCUGUGCCACUCCCUGGACGGUAACAGGGUGGACCUCAUCACUGUGACCAACUGCAGCGGGAUGCAGGACGAGCGGGAGGCUCGUCUGCCCAAACUGUUUCCUGAUAUCAACACCCCAAGACCGCACCGCUUUUCUGGAAAGAGGGUGUUUUUUCUCAGCAGCCGUGUGCAUCCAGGGGAAACCCCCUCCUCCUUCGUGUUUAACGGUUUCCUCAACUUCAUCCUGAGGAGGGACGACCCACGAGCACAAGUACUGCGCAGCAAGUUCGUGUUCAAGCUCAUUCCCAUGCUCAACCCGGACGGGGUUGUCCGUGGACACUACAGAACUGACUCCAGAGGUGUGAAUUUGAACAGGCAGUACUUGAACCCCAGCCCCGAGCUGCACCCCUCCAUCUACGGGGCCAAGACCCUGCUGCUCUACCACCACAGGCAGAACCGCGUGCACGGCGCGCACGCACACAGCACCACGCAGCCCGCCCCCUUAAACACCAAAGCCGCGAACCAGCGUCCGUCUCCGCCCCUCACCGCCCUGGAGGUCAGCCUGAACCAGCGCAACGCAGAGAAAGACGGGCCCCCCGCGCCGCCGGAGGUUCCCAUGGUGAUGGAGGAGAACAGCUGGGCCACCACCGAUGGGGGGAAAGGAGACCAGAACAGCGCUUUAAGUUCCCCGGAGCCCGUAGCUCCCGUCACUGUAGAUCUAGAUGUAGCAGCACCACAGGUGGAGGAGCCUGAGCCAGUGCCACCCCACGAGGGGGGCGUGGCUUAUUACGUGGACUUGCAUGGGCACGCGUCUAAACGAGGAUGCUUCAUGUAUGGAAAUAAUCUUUCUGAUGAGAGCCAGCAGGUGGAGAACAUGCUGUAUCCCAGACUGAUCGCUGUGAACUCGGCCCACUUUGAUUUCCUCGGCUGUAACUUCUCGGAGAAAAACAUGUACGCGCGGGAUAAAAGGGACGGCCAGUCUAAAGAAGGCAGCGGCCGGGUCGCCAUUCACAAGGCGAUCGGGCUGCUUCACAGUUAUACUUUGGAGUGCAAUUAUAACACAGGCAAAUGCAUGAACACCAUCCCACCAGCCUGCCACGACAAUGGUCGAGCGACACCACCUCCACCUUCAUCAUUCCCUCCAAAAUACACUCCAGAAAUAUACGAGCAGGUGGGGCGAGCCGUGGCGGUCUCAGCCCUGGACAUGGCGGAGUGUAACCCCUGGCCUCGCCUCGUGCUGUCCGAGCACACCUGCCUCACCAAUCUCCGAGCCUGGAUCCUCAAGCACGUCCGCAAUACCAAAGGCCUCAACGCACACUCUCACGCUCCCCCGAGAGUCCACAACAACGGCAGCAAGGCCUCGCCGCCCAAAAGCUUUAACAACAGCUGCCUGUCCGGGUCCACGUCGGAGAACACCCUCAGCCGCGCUCGCUGCAACAGCCAGAGCAGCAGCAGCCAGACCCCCUCCCCGAAGAUGCACAGCUCUCCCAGCUUCACCUUCGGGUGCCCCCCCCCGCGAGCUCACGCGCAGCACAACAACACGCACGCUGGCGCACGGGGCACCCCCACCCCCCCUCCUUCCACCUACGCUAAGCCUCAGGAGAAAAGGCGCCUUCCCCACCACCGCUCCAUCCUACGGUCUCCCGGCAACAGGCACGCACCCUCCCGCCCCCCACUGUCACCCCCCUCCUCUUCCUCCUCCUCCUCGUCUUCCUCAGUGUGUGCAGCCGGUUCCUGUCCCCUCCCGGCCUCCGUCAGCAUGACAGGCAUCAGCUGCCCAGAUUUUAAGGCUGGAGGAUGCAGCUCGGCAGGCCGGACCAAAAUGCCUUUCCCCAUAAGACCCGGACGAGCAGGCAGAGGCUGCCAAACUCUUACAAUCACACACCCUGCAGAGGUGUGUAAAGAGAGCUCUAAAGAUCUGGGUCCUGAGCAUAUCCUGUCAUCCAUCAAAUUUAGCAAGUGUGAUCUGCAGCCCCCCAUGAGCCGUAUCCCGAUCAGGAAGUCCGGGUCAACGGACGCUCCUCACGCACACAACGCCAAAACAUCCUCCUCCUCGCCCAGAGAUAAGGAGGUGUCGGCCACCAUGAAAGUGUGGAAGCUGCUAAGGCCCGGCAUCCACAGGCACCUGUCACUGCCAGGUGUGUCAGAAAAGGAGGGCGCCAUGCAGCUGGCUGCUAAAGCGCUCCAGGGGAAGAGCACAGAGCCGAGCCUCCACCUAAAGGCCAACGCCAUCCUGGAGAGCGCGCAGGAGACGGAUGAAGCUCUGCAACAGGUCGGGGAGACUGCGGCGGCGGCGGCGAAACCCGGGGCGGUGAACGUGUGCGACACGCUGACCCUGUGUGGAGAAGCCUAG